UCUCACUCACUCUCUCACUUACAAUGAAUCUUUUUUUUUUUUAUUUCUCUCUCCUCGGUCAAACCACCCCCUCUCUCUCUCUCUCUCUCUCUGUAAACUAAAGAGAAAGAGCAUAGCAUAAAAAUUGUGGGAAUUUUCCAUUUCCCAAAAUCACCUCAUGAUUUGUGUCUCUGAUCCUUGUCUCUCUCUCUCUCUAUCUAUCUCUCUACAUUGCUUUCUCUUUCUCUCUCUAAAUCCCACUGUCUCUAUUUCCCAUAAUAGAAGCUCAGAGGAGGCCAAUCAUUGGUUCUGAGGCGCUUCUGUGACCUGUUAAGCUGUUACAUGCAAUUGGGUUUGUUUCUCUUCUUUUACACUGCUUAUUUUUGGGCCCUUUUGUUUGUUACUUUUUUUUUUCCCCCCCUAUUUGCUUGGUUGGUUUCUGUUCGUGGGUUUCUUCCUUUUUUGAUUUUCUUCUUUUAGAAUUUGGUGUCUUUUUUAUCUGAUUUUGUUGUUGUAUGUCGUAGAAAUGGGCAGGUUGUGUUAAAAAUGUGAUUUUGAGCCACACUUUUGAUUCUUGGAUUGAUGCUUUUUUAUGGUUUUGAUCAGUUUGGUUUCUACAAUUCUCUGGAAUUUGCACGGUAAAUUUCAAAUUUUUGCACUACUUUUGCUCAGAUUUGGAUCCUCAGAGCGUUAAUUUGGUGUUCUUCGGAUCAAGGCCGAUGCUGCACUGAAAACACAAAAGCCAAUUUGGACACGAUCAUGGCCGAGGCAAAUGAUUGCCUCGCCGUGAUCGGCGACUGGACGCCAAAUCCGAGCCCAAGAACACUAAUUUCAAACUUUUUGAAUGAGAAUUUUGGUUCAAAACCAUUCCCCGAUCCAUUACAAGAGAAUGGAAGUAAUGGAGAUGAUGUUCAUGGAUCUGAAGAUCAACAAAUGGUCGCGAGUCCGAAGGAAGAAGAGGCUCGCCAGCCGAAGGCGCAAUUCUUCAACAAUCUUCCUCUGCAACCGAAUAUAUUUAAUUUCCAGAAACCGAACACAAACGGCGGUCUUUCUGAGAGAAUGGCGGCGAGAGCCGGGCUUAAUUUACCGAAGCUCAAUAUGUCUCGGACAUUUCCGACGAAUGUAGUUAGCUCGUCUGCAGAGGUUCAAUCUCCUUACCUGACGAUUCCGCCCGGUCUCAGUCCGACGACAUUGUUGGAAUCUCCGGUUUUUCUCUCUAAUUCCCUGGGUCAGCCUUCCCCGACUACGGGCAAAUUUUCGUUCUUACAGAAUUGCAAUUCUAACUCGAUGACGAUAUCGCUUCCUGACGAAAUCGAAGAUGAACCACUUGAAGAUGUUCCCGAGGAAUUCGCCUUCAAGCCGCCUCUCGAGUCGAAACCCGCUUAUCUUUCAAGCGCAGAAAACACGUUCCAGGAUAGUCCGGUUAUGAAUUAUCUGCCAAUCUCACCGAGCUUAGAAGAAAACAACGUUCAUGUAGGCCAAGAUAUCGAAAUUCCGAAAAAUCAGAGUCAGCAAGAGUUGAACAGUUCUUCACCGCCCAACGACAACCAACAAGAUGGAGGAGAAGCCGAUCCACAAGGAGAGAACUCGUCGCAAGCCGUGGGUACACCGGCCGAGGACGGGUAUAAUUGGAGGAAAUAUGGACAAAAACAAGUUAAACAUAGCGAGUUUCCGCGAAGUUAUUAUAAGUGUACUCACCCGAAUUGCUCAGUGAAGAAGAAGGUAGAGCGCUCUCACGAAGGCCAUAUAACGGAGAUAAUCUACAGGGGAAAACACAACCACCCGAAACCGUCCUCGAGUCGCCGCACCGGCGCUCCGCCUUCCCAGAACGGAAAUGCCCAAGAUUGGCAAGGUGAUGUUGCACAAAACAGAAAUGCUCAAGAUUGGCAAGGUGAUGGCAUAGAGGCCACAUCAUUAGCUGCUGCAGAGUUCGGCGAUCCUUCUGAUGCGAUCGACGUCUCGUCCACGCUUUCCAAUGAUGAUAACGAGGAUGAGGAUGACGGCGCGACUAAUGGCGAUGUGCUUGUGGGUCAAGAUGCCGAGGAGGAAGAGAAUGAAUCGAAAAGAAGGAAGCUAGAUGCAUGUGCCUUUGAAAUGGGCGGCGCUUCCAGGGCGGUACGGGAACCGAGGGUUGUGGUUCAGACAACUAGUGAUGUUGACAUCCUCGACGACGGGUAUCGUUGGCGCAAGUACGGGCAAAAAGUGGUCAAGGGAAAUCCAAAUCCUAGGAGCUACUACAAGUGCACGCACCCGGGCUGCUCCGUCCGAAAGCACGUGGAGAGAGCGUCGCACGAUCUCAAAUCUGUGAUCACGACAUACGAGGGGAAGCACAACCAUGAAGUUCCGGCUGCGAGAAGCAGCGGCCACCAGAACUCCAGUCCCGGCUCUGCAGCCGCAUCACCAUCCCAAUCCCACAGCCUCCACCGCCGGCCUGAGCCGAUGCAAGAUGGUUUGGUGCGGUUCAAUUUGCCUCUAGGCUUGUUGAGCCUCCCCCCGAGAGAUCAUCUAGGGCCCGUGGGCAGCUUCUCCUUUGGGCUGGGCCAAUCGGGCUUAGCGAACCUCUCGAUGGCUGCAAUGGCAGGGCUUGGGCCGGUGGCCGCAAUGAAGGUUCCAGUUCUCCUGCCGCCACCGCCGAUAGCGGUUCACGCAUUUCUAGGUCAUCGCCCAACGAUGGAAUCCGGGUUUAUGAUACCAAAAGGAGAACUAAAGGAGCCUGUGGCAGGGUCCGGAUUACCGAUGUUGAAUGGGAAUACACAAUCAGUUUAUGAGCAGAUAAUGAGAAGGCUACCUCUGGGACCACAGAUGUGAAAUGAAUUAGGGAAAAAAAGGAGAGAUCUUAACAAUACCUGAAAUAGAAGAUGGCUUCUCUGCACCUGUCUUACUAAUUUACAAAGAAUGCAGAAUCAUCUAUAGCAGAAUAUUAAUAAUUUCCGAGUUAAAAUUCAGUGUUAUAUUCAUUUUGAUAAAGAAGAUAAGAUAUCAAGUAUUUUCCUUUCUCUCUGAGAUUCAAAUGGCGAGGCAACAUACUUUUGCACGUUAAUUAUUCAGAGAAUUAGGAUGAAUUGUCAUUGUGCCCUGAAAAAGUGUUCUUUUACAUGAUGAAAGAAAAGGGAAAUAAACCUACAACUGAUUGGCCUUUCUAA